AUGGACACUCAAGGAAACAUAGCACUCUCUCGCCCGACACAGCCCCAGUCGCCGAAUGCCUCCUCACCACCACCACUGUAUGAACGCCUCGCCGUAGCCCGCCUCCAAUACACCGUCAACGAGCUCCAGACCAAGGUCGACUUCGACCGCCGGCUCGCGCCGCCCGUGCGCAAAGUGUACCACUGCGUGACGGACGACUCCGCGCUCGUGCAGAGCAUUGGCGACUUCAAGCGCUGGACCGGCGAGGGGAUCAUCAGCAUGCUUGUGCCGCUCUGCACACUCGACGCACUCGACGACCUGAAGAAGGGCACCGACAUGGUCAAUGUCAACUCGCGCGAGUCCGUCCGCUACUUUGACCGCUGCCAGUCGGGCGCGGGGCGCAAGCCCGUCCGCGGCGUGCGCGUGCAGGCGCCGACAGAAGUGUUUGCGAAGUGGGAGGAGUGCGCGCAGUUUAUCGACCCUGAGGCCGUCGUGCCGGCCAUGCCACCCCCGAGCCCGCCGCGGAACAACGGGUACUACAACCAGGGGAACGGCUACUAUGCCAACAGCAACGGAAACAGCAACGGAAACGGGGGCGGGAACGGGGGGAACAAGAACCGCAGGGGAUCCCGCGCCGCCGCCGCCCCCGAGUCGAAUGUCGAGGCGGCUCCGGUCGUCCCGACGCCGCCAAAGUGGGUACAGCCGAUCCUGAACUGCGCGCUGUACAAGCUGCACCAGCCGGGGAAGGAGCAGCGUGCGCGGUCGUCGGAGACGGAAGAGACCGUGCUGGUGACUCACAACGAGACUGUGGCUGCGUGGGCGAAGGUGUUUAGUAUCAAGGCUGUUGACAGCGACGAGCUCGCGGAUCUGCUUGACCGCGAGGGAUGGGAGUUUGCCGAGAAGACCCGCGUCUACAAUGCGAACCUCAAGACCGGUAGUAACAGCAAUGGGCGAAAUAGCGGUGGUGGACGUGGGGGCAGGAACGGCGGGGGCCGUGGAGGGCACAGACGUGAUAGCACGGGGGGCGAUAACGUCCCGAGUUACUCCCCCGGCGGCGGUAGUGGUCGAGGUGGUGGUGACGGAUUCGUGCUCAGGGGCGCACCGCGGGGCGUCGCGAGAGGGCGCGGAAAGCUGUGGGAGCCGUAG